UUUGUAUCGUUAAUGUGAGCUUUCUUGCUUGGGAGGUCUUGGACUCGCUUAUAGCGAGCUUAAGCAUCUCUCAAGUCUUCAAUUUCUACGUUUGCUUUCUUCUUCUUUUUCUUUUCCUCUGUGAUUUCUGCAUAGCCGCCAUGGAGGUUGUUUCUCAUGUCAAUCAUGCUGUGGCGAAGAAGUUAUGGAAUAUGGUGAAGGCGGUAUUUAUGAUGCUGAGAAAAGAAAUUGUUCUGAAGAGGAAAAUGGUGUUGGAGAUGCAGAUGAUGAUGAAAAGAGGGAAAAUGCUUGGAAAAUCUCUGGGGAGCUUGAUGUUUCACCAUUCUCAUGGGAAGAGCCGCCAUUACAGGACUGGUUUUGGUGUUAAGGAAUAUGAGUUUUCCUGUAGUAAUACUCCCAUUUCCUUUCAUAUUGGGAAGAAAAAGCAUAAUUUUUUUCCUUCUAUUCCUUGCAUUCAACCUCAUGCUGUUGAUGAAGAGGACUGCUAUUCAAACGCCAUUGUUGUUUCUCAGUCUGAAUAUUUCUCCAAGAACAACAUGGAUUUCUCAGAUUUGCCUGGCGUGGAUGAAUCCACAAGGCCUCUUUCGCCCUUUUGUUGGGGUAAUAAUUUGAGCUGCUGCGAAGAAGAGCGUGUUGACAGAGAAGCAGAGGAGUUCAUUUCGAGAUUCUACCAGCAGAUGAGAUUACAACGACAAGUUUCUUUUUUGCAGUAUGAUGAAAUGCUUGCCAGGGGCGCCCAGUAAAAAAAGUCUUGAAGUCAUUUUUCUUUCUCAUUUUCAUUAUUUCUUGAAGUGUGUAGGGCAAGUAUGUGGUAUACAAUCUGUAAAGGAUUCGGCCAUUGGCGUUGAAUCCUAGGUUUUCGUAGAGAUUUUAGGAGAUUCCCUGUUGAGUAGAGAGUAUAUUAUUUAUUCUUUGUGUGUGUCGAAUACUUUUGUGUCGUGAUUAUACAGAGAAAGAAAAAAAAGUUUUGUAGUAAUAGAUUGGUAGCUGUUUUUAGGUUUGUGUGUCUCCAAUUGUAAUGUUUUAAGGACAAAACGUCUUGGGGUUUCCGUUUUAAUAAAUCCAGAGACGCCUUAAACACAGAGUGACUGCUUGGAAAUUUUUUCGCUUGUUACAGUAUCAUUCUAUAAACGGGGAAAAAAGAGAGACAGAUUUUCUGUGAACACCCAUAUUGUCUUCAGAUAAUAUAGAAUCAAUAAAGUUUUCUUUCCCCUGA